UCCUUUCUGAUUCAUCUACCCUUAUUUUCACAUUGCUUUUGACCUAGCUUUGCUUCUUUCCUCCUCCUCUCUUUCUUCAUCUCAUCAUCCUCCUUAUGUCCUCAUUUCUGAUUCAUCUACCUUCAUUUACUCCUUUCUCAAAGCCCCUUGCUAACCCUAAUUAUCCUCUUUCCCGAAUUCAUGAAUGCAGCAAAAGCAUAAGUUCACUAAGUCUGUGUAGCAUUUGUGCCAUCGUCAUAGAUUCAUGCUAGGCUUCGGGAAUGGUAAAUAAUAUGCAAAUCCUUACAUUUAUUUUUUCUUUUAUAUAUGUCCUAAUGACUGUCCUAAUGGUUGCAAAACCACUUAUUCAAGGCAAUGCCAUACUUUUAGAAUUUUGGGUGAUUGGGUUGAUAUUUUGUGCCGGGUAGCUUUUGGGCUUUGUGUGUGAUUAGUCAACAUUUCAAUUCAAUUCACCAGAUUUGGGUCAAUUUGGUUUGAAUUGAACAGUUCUAAAUGUUUGCGUUCUAAUAUCACGGUCAUUAUUUACAUGGGCCGAGAAAUCUUCACACUGCUUUCAUAAUGUGGUGAUGCGGAUAAGGUUUAUAUCUGUUCUUAUUUUUUCCCUCUAGAAAAUGGAGAUUUGUGAGCAAAAGUAAGUGCAUCAACAUGGGUUUUGGUCUGGUCUUCCACACCACCAACUAAACUCUUCUUCUGGGAAUUUGAGAUAAAGUUGUGGACAUGCUUGCCUGCUUUCUAGGGAAAUUUAAGUUUUUAGUUCUUAUUUAUGGAGUACAAUUAUAAGUUAAUUAGUACUACUAGAAUGAAGAAUCAAUGGGUGGUUAGUGAUAAAUUUGUUAUUGGACUUGUAUGUUACGACAAGCCUUGCAAAAGAGAAGUGCCCACGGCACACAAGUUCGAUGAGGUUCCAUCUCAAAAUCACUUGGCAAUAAGAGUAGUAGUCCAUCAAGCUUAUAUUUUGGUCAACAUCUCUCAAAUUUUUCGACAUAAAAUAAAAUACAGUAAUUUUUGUGGUUUUAAAUUGUUGUGCAUUUAGGGUUUAUAGAUUGGGGAUUUGGAUUGCUUUGAUUUUUCUAGGGUUACUUUGUUGAGAAGCUUGAACUUUGUUGUUUAUGAAAAUGGAAUGUUUAAUUUGUAUAUGUGAUGUUUAUAGGGUUAAUUUGGUUGUUUAUGAAACUGAUUUUGGGGUUUUUUGUUGUGUGUAAUUUUAUUACUGAGUUAUUUUGUUGAAAAGAUCAUGGAUUAGUUAUAUUUUUUGGAUCACAAAGUAGUUUUUUUUUUUUGUAUUUUUGUGUGUUCUUACUUACCAAGACAAAUAGAGUAGAGAUUACCUUGACCUUGAUUCAUCAGAAUAAAUACGAUUUUGAUGUUGUUGUAAGCGAUGUACAUAUGCGUGAUAUGGAUGGAUUCAAACUCCUUGAGCACAUUGGGUUAAAAUGGACUUUCCUAUUAUUAGUAAGUAUUGAUAAAUGAGCAUUUUCCAUCUAAGUUGAUAUUGUGAUUAUUAUAUUUGUGUUUGCUUUUGAAUGUCUAACAUGAAGUCUAACAUGAGGUAAGUAUUGAGCAGCUGCUGGUUGAUCGGCAAGGUCCACCACCAGCUCCUUGAUCAGCAAUCGAUGCUAUGCCAACAAUCAAGAUCACUCAGGCUCAUAUUCAGACUGAUUCACAUUGCCCAGUUUGUAAAGAUCAAUUCGAGAUGCGCACUGAAGCAAGGAAAAUGCCCUGCAAUCACUUAUAUCAUUCUGAUUGCAUAAUCCCAUGGUUAGUUCGGCAUAACUAUUGCCCUGUCUGUUACCAUGAGUUAGGUUCAAGUCUCCUAAAUUGUGGGCAGAACUCAAGUAACACAAAAAGAUUUUAUUACAACAUGAUCUGAUUUUCAAAACACAAAAACCUCCGCGCUUCACUUCAUUUAAUUCUCCAACAACUUCUUUAGAUUGCAGUUCAUUAGCGGCAAUGAUAGCAACAAAAUAACAUUGAUACGACAACACACAACAAUUACAUACUACGGGACAACAGUUUUGUUUCGCGUACAACAACCGACAACCACAUUAACCUUAUAUACAGCAGCACACGUCUUGUAUCAGCAGCUUGUACGCAUGUACCCCUCGUACUAGCAGCACCAAUCGAGCCAUCGUCCACCAUAGACCAGCAGCAUUGGAAGCACUUCGUCUAGCGACGAUUGCUUCGAUAGAGCCAUGAGCACAGGACAUCAACAGCAGCUCUACAGCACAACUUUGACAUCAUUGUAACAACACUCGCAGCCUGAAUCCACACAUCUACAACAGCCUAACAGCAUUCCAACAGCAAGACAAACCACUAGCUCAUAACAACAUUGCAUCAGCAGUAACAGUUCGAAGCAAAGCAAAGCUGCAGUGUAGCAUGGUCGCCAUUCCCGCAUCCACAAAUUGCAUAUGCAUCGUAUAUGAAAGGCAACCUGUUGUUUAAACAAGAUCAGAAUUGGGAUAUGUCAUUAAGGAAUUUCAAGAGUGACAGAACUGUUUUAAGAGCCUUUAAGUCAUUCGAGCUAAGCACCAUUAAGGAUCAUUUGAUCUAUAUCUUUUAGAGUUGAUUCCUUUGAUAUGAUGAAGACACCACUACUUGGAGAUGAUAUAUGAUGAAGACACUCAUAAAAACGUCAUUUCAACCCUACAUCAAAUUUAUUGACGAGAAAUAUCAAACAUGAUUGUUAGUUGACAAUUAAAUGCUGUGGAUUUUUGGUGAUGAAAUAGUGCAGUUUUGUUGUUUGCAAUUGAUGGAUGAUGGCUGUUCAUAUGGAUAAACCUUCUGAGAUUUCUCCCGGGGAGCGUGCUCAGCGUCUUUAUAAAAAGAAUGCUGAGCUGGAAAAAGCCUGUCGUAAGUCUGCACAUGCCAGAAUUCCUCUAGAUCCUAUUGUAUGGCAACAGAUGCGAGAGAACUUUGAAGAGAUGAUCCUUGUAGACAAUGUAUUCUCGGAGAAACAUGAUAUUGAGCUUGCUUUAUGGCAAUUGCAUCACAAGAAAAUAGAAGAGCUACGUAGCUUGUACAAUGCAGCGCUAAACGGAAAUAGUGGUCAUGCUCGUCCUGAUAGACUUGCUUCCAUUAGAUCUCAGUUUAAAACUUUUCUUUCAGAGGCAACAGGAUUCUAUCAUGAGCUUAUGUUGAAAAUUAGGGCAAAAUAUGGUCUGCCUCUUGAUUAUUUUUUGGAUGAUCCAGAAAGUCAAGUGUUUCUAUCCAGCAACGAACAAAGAUUUGCUGAUAUUAAGAAGGGCUUGAUCUCUUGUUAUCGUUGCUUGAUUUAUCUUGGUGAUCUUGCACGUUAUAAGGGUCUCUAUGGUGAUGUUGAUUCCAAAGCUCGAGAUUUAGCUGCUGCUUCUAGCUAUUAUAUGCAAGCAUCUUCAUUGUGGCCGUCUGGUGGAAAUCCACAUCAUCAGCUUGCUAUAGUGGCUGCAUAUCACGGUGAUGAAUUUUCUGCAACGUAUCGUUAUUUUCGUAGUUUGGCUGUUGAAAGCCCAUUUGUUACAGCUAGGGACAACUUGAUCAUUGCAUUUGAGAGGAACCGUCAGAGCUAUUCACAACUGAUAACAGAUUCUAGAACUUCAAAAGUCAAAGCUGCAACUUCUCAGAUGUCCUGGAAAGGAAAAGGAAGAGGUGAAUCUAGGGUCUUGUCGAAAGAAAAUCGAGGAAGAACGACUCCAAGUAAAGAGAAGACGCCCAGUAUUCAAGAAACUUUAAAAUCAUUUUGCAUAAAGUUUGUUAGAGUUAAUGGCAUAUUGUUCACUCGCACAAGCCAGGAAACAUUUACAGAUGUGCUGGCGAUGUCUCAAAGUGAUUUUCUGAUGCUUCUUUCAUCUGGUUUGGAAGAACAAUACAGUUUUGGAUCAAAUGCUUCUGAAUGUGGACUUUUUAUUGUUAGGCUUGUGGCAAUUCUCAUAUUUACAUUGCACAAUGUGAAUAGAGAACCUGAGAGUCAAUCGUAUGCUGAUAUCUUACAGCGACCAGUUCUUCUCCAGAGUGCGUAUACUGCAAUCUUUGAGUUCAUGGGACAUUUGGUUCGGCGAUGUUUGCAGUUACGAGAUCCCUUUUCAAGUUAUCUGUUGCCCGGUAUUUUGGUUUUUGUGGAAUGGUUAGCCUGUCAUCCAGAUGUUGUGGCAUGCAGUGAAGCAGGGGAAAACCAAGUUAGUGCUAGAUUGCUCUUUUGGAAUUCCUGUAUUACCUUUUUCAACAAGCUGUUGUCAAGUGGGUUUAUGUCUAAGGAUGAAGAUGAUACUUGCUUUUUUAACACCAUCAAGUAUGAAGAGAGUGAAACUGCAAAUCUUUUUGCUCUCUGGGAGGACUUUGAGUUGAGGGGUUUUCUGCCUCUUCAUCCUGCACAACAAAUCCUGGACUUUUCUAAGAAGCAUACUUAUGGGAAUGGGAAGGGAUCCAUGGAGAAAGAAGCUCGCAUACAGCGGAUUAUAGCUGCUGGAAAGGUCUUUGCAAAUGUUGUGCGGAUCGGGAAACAGGGGAUAUAUUAUGAUACUGACAUGAAGAAAUUUGUGCUCUGUGAGGAGGCACCAUCUUACCCCGCUUCUUUAACCAAAACACCGAUAUCAAAUGUGAUUAGCCAAGAACCUUUAGUUGAGAAAAUAACAAGCCCCAGAGUUCUGGAACCAGUGAAUGCGGUUGAGGUAGAGGACGAGGAAGAGGUUAUUGUCUUCAAGCCUUUUGCAGCAGAUAAGCAAUAUGAUUAUCCAAUUUUGGAUUCGUAUGAAGACCUUGGGUUGGUUGCUGAUGCUGGAGACUUGGGAGUUUUUGACCUUCCCAUUUCAGGAUCACCAAAUGAAGAUGUUCAGAAUGGAGAACAUAAGAAUAGUCCUGUUGCAAUAUUGAGACCUUCCAUGUCUGUUGCAGAUUCUGCCCCCCACCAUCCGCAUCCUAUUCAACUCGAUACUUCUGGUUGGUUGUCAGAGCAGCAACCUUCUGCGAUGAAUGGAUUAAAGAAUUUGAGCUUGAUGGAUAAUGGGAAUUUGAUGAACCAAAAUCUUUCUGAACCUUUUGCACGAUCACUAAAUGAAGACCUUCCUAAUGGUAAACAUCAGAACAGUCCUGGUGCAACAUUAAGACCUUCCAUGUCUGUUGCUGAUUAUGUCUCCCACCGUCCGCAGCCUGUUCCACUCAAAACUUCUGGUUGGUUGUCAGAGCAGCAAGCUUCUGUGAUGAAUGGAUUCAAAAAUUUGAGCUUGAUGGACAAUGGGAAUUUGAUGAACCAAAACUCUUCUGAACAUUUUGCACCCUUCCAAUCUUCUGCCCUUUCAUUGCCUUUCUCGCAUGCUGUCAAUCUCAACAACAGUAAUGUGUAUCCGGUGCAUGUUCCUGAAACCGUCUUGCCAUCAAAGACUGACUUAGUUAUAUCUUCUGGGAAUGAUUUUGCCGUUUCUCCUAUCAAGGCCAAGUCUAUCUUCCCACCCGGUGUUCGAAAGAAUCCAGUCAGUCGGCCUAUUCGACAUUUAGGCCCUCCACCAGGUUUUACACCCGCUACUGUUGAAUUCGGUGAUGCUCCUGUGGAUGAUCAAAACGUAAGGGAUGAGAACGUAAUAAUGGAUGAUUAUAGUUGGCUGGAUGGAUAUCAGAUGACGUCCUCAAAAAAACAGGAUAGGUUGUUCAGUGUCUGCAACAAUCUAAGCGGAGCUUCAUUUAAUCAUUUUGGCAAGUGGAGUGGCGCACCAGGGGCAAUGAGCUUUCCUUUUCCUGGAAAACAGGCUUCACUAAUUCAAUCCCCAAUCGAGAACAACAAACUCUGGCAGGAGUUUCAGUUUCCUGAUCUGAAUCAUCCGCAGCAGGUCCAUAAGGAGGAAAUACCACUUGCAGAGAAGUUUCAAGGUCAAUCUCUGUGGGAAGGUCGUUAUCUGGUGUGAUGUCUAUGUUAAAUGUUUUUGGAGAAUCUACAGAGGUGAUUAACUAGAAGCUGAUGUGCAUCCUGCUUUGGUCCUGCAUUGAUAUUAAGUUUUUAUUGAAGCUUGAAGUGAUCUUGGGAGUGUUGCAGGCCCCUGCUUUUGGAACAGGUUCCAAGAUACCCAGAUCGGGAUGAAUGGAGUCGACAGACAAGUAGGGAAGACUGCAUUGGAAAUAUGAAGGGUUAGUGCUAGUCUGAUUGAAUGGAUGGAGCAUGUUCGUGAUAAUUGGGGUGUGGCUAGAUUGGCUUUCCAUAUUGGAUAAAAAAUUAGCUUACUCUAUAGGCCUUGGAUUGAUGAUAUGGUAUUAGUAUGCGUUGCAAUAAUCGCCAAAACGGUCAGUUUGAGGAAGCUGAUUCAUGUGGUGGUACGUAAGCAAUUGUUUUUGGGGAGCCUUAAGUUUCUACAUUCUAUAAAUUCUUGUCAUUUGCGAAGCAAGUUAUGCACAAUAUAUUAGUAGAAGUAUUAGUAACAGAAGUUGAAAUAAGCCAGGGUUUGCAAUUGCGUUAUGGCAUUUGUAGCCUAUGGGGUAUACUUCAAAUAAGAACUACUGUAUGUUUGUUUAAGACCAGACUCAUUUUCCUAUUUGUCUGCAAUGUUUCCUGCUAUGGAAAAUACAUAUUGACUGAAGUUACUCCGUUUGUUGAAUGGUUUUUAUAUAUUGUAUUUCUUGUUCCUCA